AUGGGUCGUGGCAAAGGUGGGAGCAAAAUGCGACAGCCCCCGCGCAAUAAGACCCCAGCCAGGCUCCCUUUCAUUCCAACCCGCUUCAACGGGCAAGGUCACUGCCAAGCUUCCGGGAGCCAGUCCCUCUGGCGCAGUAGACCAUGUUCGCUACCGCGACAUCUAGCAUUCUCAAGUCGCGUUGUACGCAAGGUCAUCAUUGCCGUCACGCCUCACGCGAAACUGAUCGAGCUGGUCAAUCUACUCCGAAUCAGUGCACCAUGGCCUUCUGCAAGGCACAUUCUAGACAUGGCUGCAAUCUUGAUGGCUGGCACCACGACCGAACACCCGGCCAGUGCCUUGGCCGUUGUCCUCUCCUUUACAGGCCCAGUCGAAGCCUUAGUGGUCCGCAAGUCGAACAAACCUGCUCAGGAGGUAUACCGUGCUGCUCAUCGUGGUCCUGCACCAGAGGGCCAUCUGUACAAGCGCCAAAACGCUACCGAUGUCGUUCUAGAUUGCUCCAACGACCGGUGGCAGGAGCUCUUGGACAGCAACACCGGCGACCGUAUCACCACCUUCUGCAAUGAAUGGCUCGAUAUUCCUCCAGCCACUUCUGUCCUCGAGGUCACCCCUACCAUUACCAUCACCACCAGUGCCCACUCUACCACUUCUUUCACAUCUACCACACGUAUCAUCACUACAGAGACUGUGACCGAGACAGCCACUUCCACAUUAGCUCCAGUCGCACGCCGAGCAGCUAACAUUGCCGCCAUCGUCGAGGAUGUGAUCGAAUCCGUCAUUGAGAGUGGCUCAGCCGUCGCAACUAGCUCAAAGAGUCCCCAACGUAUCCAAGCUGAAUCAGGACUUUCAAAUGCAUGUUCCUGCAAGAUGGUCGACCCGACUGCGACGGUGACGAGCUCAUUUACAGUACCUCCUGUUUACACAACCGUUGGUGUCCGCAAAGUCUAUGUGGUGAAGAGAACUGAUACCAAAAUCUUCACGUCAACAACAACUGUCAUUAUAUCUGCAAGUGUCUCACCGACAAGUACCUCUGACACAGAUGUCUCCGUCAGUCAGACGUCCGACGCUAGCAUAACGGCCGCACCACCAGCCACUCGUCUGACCGGGACAGACUUGCCUGCAAGUAGCCCUGUGAGCUCUGGCAACCCUGUAGUGACUGCCAUUCCCUUUACUUGUCCUGAUGACGCUGGUAAGCGCGUGGAUCAAGUUGUAGGAGGCUACCGACUCGACUACCUUGUGUUGUGUAACACUGAAGCUGUUACCCAAGAUCGCAUCGGGUUCCCCAUUGCGGUCGACAGCGGGACGGCGUGUACAGCUCAGUGUUCGUUGGUCAAUGCUCAAAGCGGUCAGGAUACCUGCCAGGCUGCAUCUUUUGAGCCAUACACUGACGGCCGAUCCGGAGGACUUUGCAUCCUAAGUGGAUCUGAUCCGUCUUAUGUUGACAAAGAGGGCUCUGUUGCUGUCGUGCAUACCGGAACUUUCGCCAAUGGCGACGAAUGCCAAGCGCUGAAUUCUUCAGUAACCAACACCUCAGUGGAUACAUCGGCUCUCAUAAGCUCAAUCACCGCUGCGCCCUUUUCACUGUCGACCCCUGGGCUUGUUACUGAAACUGCCAAUGGUGGCGUCUUCCAGACGUAUGUGUCUGCCAAUUCUACAGAUGCUCAGGGUUACGUACAUUGGAGUUGGUAUGCCGUGUCUGCCUCAUCCAGCUACUGGUGGGCUGUCUACUCUACAUCGUGGGAAUGCACCAAAACCCUCACCCGUACCAUUGUAACACUUCCCUCUGAACCCAUGACCAUUACCUCGGUACUGGUGACUACUAUUAUCAAUGGCGGCGUGACUACAAUCAUUUCUGGUACUUCGACUGAGAUCAUCACGAAUGGCGGUGGCGGUGUUGCUCCCCCUACUUUUGUGCCUGCGUCCACAACAAACGCCAACGGCGAGUUCACCACAUUCUUCUCGUUGGCGACAAUGACUUCCACGGAUGGCAAUGGUCUCAUCCCUCCCACCGGUGUCCCCUCAAGUAUUCAGAUUGCUGGCAAUGCCACGGUGUCUGGGAGCACAGCAACCUUCUUUUCUACUGCCGACUCUGGUGUGAUUCCGCCUUCCCGGUCUUCUCCUGGCGAAGAAAUUACCAUUGUUUCCACUGGUGGUACUGUUAUUUCUACCUCGGGCUCUACGUUUACGAGCAAUUUUAAUGGUAGUGAGGGCGUAAUCCCCCCUGUUUCUACCAUUCGUGGCUCUGCUGCCUUCUCUCUAUCAGGUAGUACGUUUGCUGCAGAAUCGACAGGGGAUUCCGGUAUUAUCACGCCUUCUAUUAACACUCCAGCCAGCUCCUUGGCUUCCCAGACAAUUCAAGAGUUUUCCAACUCCACUAUCCGUUCGACGGGAUCAUUGGCCUUCACAAUUUCCGGCUCGACUGCCAUUGCGUCCAGCACUGGAGAUUCUGGUGUCAUUCCUCCGGCCCCCUCGGCGAACGUUUCAAUUAUCGUAACAAGAACUGUCAUCUCAGGCGUUGCAUCCUUUGUAACUAGCCGGAGCACGCUCGUCUCGGAUAACACUGAAGAUUCUGGCAUUGUCCCACCCAGCCGAACUCUUGGCACCGUUACUGUGACAGAAACUGUAACUUCUGGAGUUGCUACGUUUGCUACAAGCGAUAAUGCAAUUGCUUUCAGCUCUACCGGUAGUUCUGGUGUCAUUCCACCUGCUCCAUCUGGCAAUAGCUCCGUUACCCUUUCCGUCACAGUGAAUUCUGGCGUUGCAUCCUUUGCUACCAGCAGAAGUACAUUCACAUCGACCGGCACAGGAGACUCUGGUAUUAUUCCACCAAAUUCUAGGUCUGUCGUGGUCUCAACUUCGACUGCAGGUGGUUCGGGCAAUGCUACUUUCUCCGGAGGUACUGCGAUUGUAUCCUCGACUGGUGAUGACGGCGUCAUUCCUCCUCCACUGACUAGCAUUCCUAGCGGUUCAAGCGGAAGUGUGAGGUCAUCACGGCCCGUUUCCACACCAUCCAGCGAUGAUGGCGGCCCUCCUCUGACUAGGGAUGUUACCAUAACUGUAACGACGACAGUUGGUCCUUCGACCCAGGUUCCCUCUAUACAGACGCCGAGCUCCCUUCAGACACCCAGUGUUAACAUCACAUCAGCUGGCGGGUCAAAUGGUGUAACUAUCCAAUUUAGCACAGCCGCAGGUUCCUCCACGGGUGACAACGGCGUUGUUCCUCCUGCUAUCACUUCAGUCCCCGUCUCGAACUCGACUUCAACCGGGCCGGUGUUCACCAAUUCGGGAGGCGAUCGCACUGGCCGCUAUAGUGAGUCGACUAGUGUACGGGGAACUGGCGGAAGCAGCGGUGUCAUCACGCCGUCCUCGAACUCCACGAUGUCUGCUCCUCCAAGCAUGACACCUACGGCAAGUACAAACUCGACAUCCACAGGACCGCCUUUUAGCAACACCGAUGACCUCCGCUCUGGAAGUUACAGUCUCUCUAGUAGCUCGAUUGUUAUAAACUCUUUUGGUAGCUCUGGCGUCAUUACGCCGUCGUCCAACGCGUCGAUCACGAGUGUACCAACAGUUACACCAACCUCGGGCUUGAACAGCACAUCUACAGGACCACCUUUCAGCAACACUGACGACCUUCGCUCUGGAAGUUACAGUCUCUCUAGUAGCUCGAUUGUUAUAAACUCUUUUGGUAGCUCUGGCGUCAUUACACCAUCGUCCAACGCGUCAAUCACAAGUGUUCCGACAGUUACACCAACCUCAGGCUCAAACACGACUUCCUCAGGGCCACCAUUUAGCAAUACCGAUGACCUCCGCUCUGGUUCCUACAGUCUUUCUAGUAGCUUGGUCUCUAUAAACUCUUUUGGUAGUUCUGGCGUUAUCACACCUUCAACCAACGCAUCAAUAACCAGCCAGCCAACGGUCACACCAACCUCAGGCUUAAACAGCACAUCAACUGGGCCACCAUUUAGCAACACAGAUGACCUCCGCUCUGGUUCCUACAGUAUUUCCAGCAGCUUAGUCUCCAUAAACUCCUUCGGCAGCUCUGGUGUUAUCACACCUUCGUCUAACGUGUCGAUCACAAGUGUACCGACGGUCACACCAACCCCAGGCUUGAACACGACUUCCACAGGGCCACCGUUCAGCAACACAGAUAACCUCCGAUCUGGCACCUACAGUUUGUCGUCGUCGAUUGGCUUCAACUCCACGCAAAGUGGGACAGGUAGCAUUGGAAGUGUAACCACUCCCCCAUCUCAGCAAACAACCUUGGUGGUUCUCACAGCAACAGUGGUGAUCCCGCACAACUCUGCGAACAUUAGCUCUUCGAACACUCCACCGAGCUUGUUGACACCGUCAUCACGUAUCUCUUCGAGUGUACCGACUCCUUCCACAAACUCUACUAUUAGUCUUCCUACUGCAGCUUCAUCUUCUCUGCCGCCUACAUUCGUCAAUUCGACAAGGUCAACGUUCCCUAGCUCUAGCUCUGGAAUCUUCACAGAAGUGACGCGUAUCUCAAAUACCACUACCGCCCCUACUGGAGGCGUUACCAGUGUGCCUGCAAUUGGGAACUCGACUACCAUACGCGUUCUGACUGUGACUACAUCGAGCAACUUUACGAAUAUCCCAUCGCUGACACCAAGUGCGUCACUGAACAUCACUACAACGACAUUCUUUGGAAGUUCAUCGAUCCCGUCUGCGACGCCCACAAUCUCUUUGAACAUCACAACUUCGGUCAGCAUCUGCCCCACUGCUCCCCUCGUGGUCACUGUCACCGCCAUCGAGACAAGUGUUCGAGUAGAAACUACAACUCUCGUUCAAACUGUUACUGCCGGAGCAAGCAGCACUGUCUCUGAAGCAGCUCCUGCCGCUUCUUCCUUUACACCACUUGACCUUGUUGCACGCUUCCGCGAAGAAGACGACCCCGCAACCCAAGCUCAGAUCGACUCCGCCUGUGCCGAUUCAGACAACAUUGUACUCAACCCCAACUUUGCAAUAGGCGCUGACUCUAGCGUCCCCAACUGGUCCGUAGAUGGAACAGAUCGCACCAUCACCGUCGGCUCCGAGCCUGCACCCUCAGGCAACGGCACAAUCGCACAAUUCAAAUCCGCAGUCGUAGGCCGCACCCUCACCAUCACACAACCCCUCACACUCUGCCCAGGCCAACAGUACGAGAUCUCCGCUCUGGCGCGCCAGGCACACAAGGAAGCCGAAUGUACCGUGCAAUAUGUUGUCGGCAACGACACAGUUGCCACAGUCGAGCCUGCCGAGUCCUGGCUCGAGGAGAGCUUCUUCUUCACGGCGAGAGAGGGCGUCGCGGGCGCGAGCGCCACGCUCGAGAUUACGGCGAGUUGUCAGGGAUGGGAGGGCAUCCCGGUGGCUGAUCAGGAAGGCUGGAUGAGGGUCGAGGUAAGUGGGGUCAGGGUGGUACAGGAUGCCGGUGCGAGGAAGAUGAAGAGGAUGAUGCGUAUGAUGCGCAUGGGCCGCAGGGGCGCGGCUGAGAAGCAGAGGGCUGAGCAACAGGGCUAUGCGGUUUUGCUGUUUAGUGAGGAGGGGUAG